AGAAGAUACAAGGGUUCUUCUAGGAUGUAAGCUGGAAAUAAGAAAUUGACACCUGUCGCUGGAACGACGCGCAUGGUUGCCAUACCCCGUUCCUUUUGGGAGUUUUCCGCAACAGUAGCCGACCUGUUGUUUCCCCAAUGGUUAUCGACGCGCCUUUUGGCGCAAAAGGAUCAGUAUGCCCCUCACCCUUCAUAUGUCCGGUUUUGAGGGCUGGUACACUCGGAUACAAGACGAAUCGGCGGGACUCUCCAUCAUCUUAAUUUUUUUGCUCUCUUGGAGACUCGACGCCAUCAGCACUCCUGGGAAGCACUAUUUCCAUUUCUCAGUAACACCUGUUGGUGACUCGUCUACUAUCGAGCCGGUCGAGUUCCACUUAUUCCCUGAUGACCUUCAACAUAUCGUGGACUCCCUGCCCGAUUCAGAGACAGGUUUGCAACCAUAUACUUUGAACAUACCUAAUAUCGGAAGCUUCACCGUGGAGCCAAAGACCCAACGUUAUAAUCUCACAGUCCCAUGUGGAGAAAGCUCUUCCGAGCACUGGAAAAGUGUCCAUAGACAUAACCGAUCGUGUUCCAUUAUCGCAAGAGCACCCUCUACUGAAUUGGAAACUUUACUUCCAUUGCAUUGGGCAAUUUUCUCAACCGGAUCGAAGGCAAAUUACGACGUGAAGCAUAUCGGCGCCGAUGGGGCGGGAUCAGAAGUCUUUGGAGGCACCGGGGUGGCACAUAUGGAAAAGAACUGGGGCGCAUCGUUUCCAACUGGCUGGACAUGGUGUCAGGCAUUUGGCGCAUCUUCGCACGAUCCCGCUCAGACACUCGGUGACCAUCGAGACAAUGCGACGAGAGAUUGUGUUGCCAUUGCGGGUGGUGUCCUCGCUUUGGGUCAAAAGGCAUAUCUCAUCCAUUACAAGGAUUCAGGUGACGCUCGGCGCGAUGAACGUUCGAUCCAUCCAAGUUAUUCAGCGAAAGACCAUGAAAGUACUGAAAAGUCUGAUCCUAAUGACAAGCAGCAUAUCAACUGGACCUUCCGCCCACUAUGGACUCUGAUUCUAGCACUUCCAUAUCCCGUUGAAUCCAGUGGAAAAAAAUCCCUCAUUGUCCAAUACCUUGACUCCUCUGCUGGCCGUGGAUCAACCACCGUCAGCACAUUGACGUUUAAUUUCUCCAUCCUCGGCCUCCCUGCACUAUUACUCACGAUCCCUUAUGCCGUCAUCCAGUUUUCUCCAUUUGGAUCCAUGCAUGAAACACGGAUCCUAAUCGAUGCACAGUCAGAGUCGCGACCUACCACUCUCACUUCACAAGUACAGCCGAGAUGGCUUGCGCUGCAUUGCCCAAUGCCUGGUGGGCAUGCCAUGCAUGCGUACGAGACAUUCACAGCGAGGGCAACGAUAAGAGCCUACAGGCGCCAGUGGAGAUUUGGCUGGCCACGAUGGGUCGAAAUCAGGAACGUCGAGUUUGAACACGUGGCAUUGGAGUUUGGAGGAUUGUAUGCUGCGAUAGCAUGAUCAGUGCCUCAAUAAAUCAAAGACGCCAAUAUGAGACGAGCUUAUUAUAACUUGCGGGAAAAUUGUGCCCUUCCAGUUGCAUAUAUUGGACCCUGGCUGCUCACCUUCUAUAACUUUAUUCUAAAUCAUGCAGAUGUGUUAUUCUGUA